AGGCCUGAUUCCUCCUCCUCAUGGUCUCUCCGUGUCCAGCUCAGAACUCCUACCCGUGCCUGAGACUGACUCUUUCUGCUCCUGGAACUUCAGGUGACCUCCACAAGGUGACAGCGCUGACCACAAUGCUCUCGGGCCGGUGGUGGCCAAGUAUUUGGGGAAAUCUAGGACUGAGUCUACAAAACCCUUCUCAGGGGCCCCAGCUCUGUGCCCUCUACCCCUUCACUUAUAUUGGGGCAGAUGGACGGCAGGUGUCUCUGGCUGAAGGUGACAGGUUCCUACUGCUUCGAAAGACCAACUCAGACUGGUGGUUGGUGAGGCGCCUGGGAGCGUCCCCCAGCUCCCGGCCCAUCUUUGUCCCAGCUGCAUACAUGACAGAGGAAUCGCUCUCCUGCCCAAGACCAGUAGACGCUUCCCACAAUGCAUCCCUCUGGAGUCCUGGGACAAAGCUAGUUCACAGCUCCCUGGAGGAAGUCCACCUGUCUCAGGAACCCCGGGUUUCUUCUGAACACACUAUGUGCAGAAGUGUCAGCAUGGCCAGUUUGAAGCCCUGCUUCCUGAAACCCCUCAAGAAAGGGCUGAGAGAAAGAUCUCCCUCCCAGGAAGGCUCGGUGACAGAGGCCAGUGCUGUCAUGAAACCUGGCUCCAUGGAACAGACAGAGACUCUGAUUAGGGGCAGUGGGGCCCUACAACCUCAGGAAUGGCUCGAUCCACAGGGUUUAUCAAGCCUCAGCCGAAGCUCUGCCUGGGGAGACCUGUCAGACCAUCGGGCAGCCCUGGAGUCCUGUCCGGCUCUGCCACACCUGGAUGACCCCCAUGAGGAAAUGUCAGGCCUGAUCAACAUGACCAAGAUUGCUCAAGGAGGGCGCAAACUCAGGAAGAACUGGGGCCCGGCUUGGGUGGUGUUAACUGGCAACAGCCUUGUGUUCUACCGAGAGCGGCCACCGCAGUGUGCGCCCUCCCAAGGCUGGGCGCCAGCUGGAAGCCGGCCGGAAAGCAGCGUGGACCUGCGUGGGGCUGCCCUGGCCAACGGGCGCCACCUGUCCCGCCGGAAGGCGGUCUUGGGGUGGAGCCCUGAGCUGGACUCAGGCUGGAAUGUGGGGGUGCCGAUGCUCUCUGCCUUCCAACCUCCCACCCCGGCCGCGGGUGUCUAGGACCGGGAGAACCCCCUGGAGCUGCGUCUGUCCGGCUCGGGACCCGCAGAGCUGGCGGAGCUGAGCGCCGGCGAGGAUGACGAACUGGAGUCAGAGCCUGUGUCCAAGCCACUGAACUGGCUGAGCAGCCGCAGAGUCUCCAGUCGGAGUGCAGAGGGCACUGAGCAGAAGAACCGUGUGCGCAACAAGUUAAAGCGGCUGAUCGCCAAGAGACCAACCUUGCAGAGCCUUCAGGAGCGGGGCCUGUUCCGAGACCAGGUGUUUGGUUGCCAGUUGGAGUCGCUGUGCCAAAGGGAAGGGGACACCGUGCCCAGCUUUGUCCGGCUUUGUGUUGAGGCUGUGGAUAAAAAAGGUCUAGAUGUGGAUGGCAUUUACCGGGUGAGCGGGAACCUGGCGGUAGUCCAGAAACUUCGUUUCCUAGUAGACAGAGAACGGGCAGUAACCUCCGAUGGGAGAUACAUGUUCCCCGAACAACCUGGACAAGAAGGCAAAUUAGAUUUAGACAGUGCCGAAUGGGAUGAUAUCCAUGUGGUCACCGGGGCCUUGAAGCUUUUUUUCCGGGAGCUGCCACAGCCUCUGGUGCCUACUCCAUUGCUGCCACAUUUUCGUGAUGCCCUCGAACUUUCUGAGCCAGAUCAGUGUCUCUCUGAAAUGAAAAAGUUAGUGGACUUGUUGCCGAAGCCCAACCGUGACACACUGCAGUACAUUCUGGAGCAUUUAUGCAGGGUGAUCGCACACUCAGAUGAGAACCGAAUGACCGCCCACAACCUGGGAAUUGUGUUUGGACCAACGCUGUUCCGCCCAGAGCAGGAGACCUCUGACAUGACAGCCCACGUGUUCUACCCCGGGCAGCUGAUCCAGCUGAUGCUUAACAACUUUGACAGCCUCUUCCCCUGACCGGGGCGGGCGAGGGCGAGGACAUCUCCUCCCAUCUGUUAGACAGUCUUCAGAGACUUCGACAGCCUCUUCCCCUGACCAGGGCGGGUGAGAGCAAGGGAAAGGACACCCCCCUCUAUCUGUCAGCCAGUCUUCAGAGACUUGGAAACCUCUUCACCUGACCCAGGCAUGGGUGAGGGACAGGACAUCUCCCUCGAUCUGUCAGCUGGUCUUCCUUCGGAGACUUCCAUAGCCUCUUCACCUGACCCGGGCAGGCAAGGAUGAGGAAAAGGACAUCUCCUGCCAUCUGUCAUCUGGUCUUCGGAGAGGGAUGGCAGGUCUUCUGCUUUGAAGACAUCUUGUAAGCCCUC